CACACGGGCCGCGCGGCUCGCAGGCGAGGCGGCGGCAGCGGCGAUGGCCAAGGCCGGGGCGCUGGCGGGUCUGGUCGCGGGUUUGCAGGGCCCGAGGGUCGUCCCCAGUCCGGAUUCGGACUCAGACACAGACUCAGAGGACCCGUGUACUCGGCGCAGCGCAGGCGGGCUGCUCCGCUCGCAGGUCAUCCACAGCGGUCACUUCAUGGUGUCAUCGCCGCACAGCGACUCGCUGACCCGGCGGCGCGACCAGGAGGGGCCCCUGGGGCCCGCCGACUUCGGGCCGCGCAGCAUCGACCCUACACUCACCCGCCUCUUCGAGUGCAUGAGCCUGGCCUACAGUGGCAAGCUGGUUUCUCCCAAGUGGAAGAAUUUCAAAGGCCUCAAGCUGCUGUGCCGGGACAAGAUCCGCCUCAACAACGCCAUCUGGAGGGCCUGGUAUAUCCAGUAUGUGGAGCGGAGGAAGAGCCCCGUGUGUGGCUUCGUGACCCCCCUGCAGGGGCCUGAGGCUGACGAGCACCGGAAACCAGAGGCCGUCGUCUUGGAGGGGAAUUACUGGAAGCGGCGCAUCGAGGUGGUGAUGCGCGAGUACCACAAGUGGCGCAUCUACUACAAGAAGCGGCUCCGUAAGUCCAGCAGGGAAGGGGAUCUCCUGGCCCCGAAGCAGGUGGAAGGGGGGUGGCAGCCACCGGAGCGAUGGUGCGAGGAGCUCUUCACCAGCGUGGUGCCCGUGCUGCUGGGGGGCCCGGAGGAGGAGCCCGGCGGGCGGCAGCUUCUGGAUCUCGAUUGCUUUCUGUCCGACAUCUCCGACACACUCUUCACCAUGACUCAGCCCAGCCCCACGCCCCUGCAGCUGCCCCCCGAGGACGCCUAUGUUGGCAAUGCUGACAUGAUCCAGCCGGACCUGACGCCUCUACAGCCCAGCCUGGAUGACUUCAUGGAGAUCUCAGAUUUCUUCACCAACUACCGCCCCCCACAGACGCCUACACCUUCAGGCUUCCCGGAGCCCCCCAGCUUCGGCCCCAUGGCUGACCCUCAGGUCCUCAGCAGUGGGAUCCUGGGCUCGGAGGUGCCCUCUGCCUGCGCGGGCGUGGCCCACCUCUCGGGGCAUAACCGCCUGCAGGCUCGGAGCAGCUGCCCUGGCCCUCUGGACUCCAGUGUCUUCCUGAGCUCCGAUUUCCUCCUUCCUGAGGACCCCAAGCCCGAGCUCCCACCCACUCCCGCACCCCCACGCCUCCUCCAGUACCGCAGCCCUGCCAAGGGGCUUGGCCUGGAGCCCUGUCCCCCACCGCCCUUCCCUCCCGCGGCCCCGCUGCUGCCGCGCGCCCUGCUGCCGGAAGAGCCUCUCUUCUCCCCCAGAUUCCCUUUCCCUACUGUCCCUCCUGGCCCGGGAGUGUCCCCACUGUCUGCCCCCACAGCCUUCGCACCUACCCCCCAGCCGGGUCCGGGCCCUGCCCCCGCCCCCUUGCCCGUAGACCUUCUACCCUCGGGGUAUUCAGAGCCCCCGUUUGGGCCUCACUUCGUGGCGCCCCGAGGCACCCGGCCCAGAGGCAAGCCCCCUACCCCGUGCCCUAGGGGGCGAAAGCCCGGCGCCCCCACCUUGGCCCCAGCCACUGCCGGCCCCGCUGCCUCUGCUGGGGGCAACAACCCCUGCCUCACACAGCUGCUCACAGCAGCCAAGCCCGAGCAAGCCCUGGAGCCACCACCUGUGUCCAGCGCCCUCCUCCGGUCCCCAGGGUCCCCGCAGGAGACAGUCCCCGAGUUCCCCUGCACCUUCUUUCCCCCGACCCCGACCCCCACACCGCCCCGACCACCUGCGGGCCCGGCCACGCGGGCCCCUCCCAGGGCCCUGAUUGUCCCCAAAGCGGAGCGGCUCUCACCCCCAGCACCCAGCGGUAAAGAGGGGUUGCAGGGGUUGGGGGACUCUGCGGGCGGGAGGGAGGCGAAGGAAGAAGGGGCAACAUCCGGGGCCAGGAGGAGAGGGACAGGGCCAUGGGACCCUCUCCCCCGUGUCGGUCUGUCUGUGGGUCUGUCAGUCCCUGACACAGGUGGUGAGCGGCGGCUGUCUGGGGAGCUCAACUCCCUGCCGGGCCCGGGGACCCCGAGCAUCCGCAUCUCUCCCCCUCAACCCAUCCUAAGCCGGGGCCGUCCAGACAGCAAGACCGAAAACCGGCGCAUCACACACAUCUCUGCAGAGCAGAAGCGGCGCUUCAAUAUCAAGCUGGGGUUUGACACGCUGCACGGGCUGGUGGGCACCCUCAGCACGCAGCCCAACCUCAAGGUGAGCAAAGCCGCCACGCUGCAGAAGACGGCCGAGUACAUCGCCAUGCUGCAGCAGGAGCGCGCCGCCAAGCAGGAGGAGGCCCAGCAGCUCCGGGACCAGAUCGAGGAGCUCAAUGCCGCCAUCAGCCUGUGCCAGCAGCAGCUGCCUGCUACCGGCGUGCCCAUCACACACCAGCGGUUCGACCAAAUGCGAGACAUGUUUGAUGACUACGUCCGGACCCGCACGCUGCAUAACUGGAAGUUCUGGGUAUUCAGCAUCCUCAUCCGGCCUCUGUUCGAGUCCUUCAAUGGGAUGGUGUCUACAGCAAGCCUGCAGAGCCUCCGCCAGACCUCACUGGCCUGGUUGGACCAGUACUGCUCUCUGCCUGCUCUCCGACCAACUGUUCUGAACUCCCUACGCCAGCUGAGUACAUCUACCAGUAUCCUGACGGACCCGGACUGUAUACCCGAGCAAGCCACCCGGGCAGUCACAGAGGGCACCCUUGGCAAAUCUUUAUAGUGCUGGCCAGACCCUGCUGCUCACUCAGCGGGCCUGGGCUGCUUUCCCUGGGUGCUCCCCUCCUCCUGCCCUGGGUCCUGGCUGUCAAGCAGGGUUUCUUUCGAUCUCCUGGAAGCCAGGAAGAACUGAGUUCCAGUCCCUGCUCUACUAUAGCAACUAAUGCUGUAACCUGGGGGGCUCAUCCUCCCCCGGUCUGCAAAAUGGAGAUGGGAAAGCUUCAACUAGAAGAGGAUCCCGAGGCCUUAGCAGCUGUGGCGCUUGGGGGCCUAAGCUGGCAACUCAGGGAGUUUGAAAGAGAGAAGAGGACGAUGCUUCCUUGUCCCUCCCACCUGCUCCCCCCACAGGUCCGGCACAGGCCUCUGUUUCUAAGCAGGGAAGCAGAAAAGGAGGUUCCUUCUCUCUGCUCCUCCACUGGUAGCCUGGUGGGGCUGCCAGGUGGCAUCCCUGGGUGAGGUCAGGAAGGUCUGAUUCCAGGAGAGAGCGGGGCAGGGGGUGGCCAAGCCAGGGCAGGCAUCUGGUGUGUGAGUGUGUGUGGAUGCGUGUGUGUGGAUUUUGUAAAGCAUUCUUGACCAAUAAAAACAGAAACUGUCAGGGGCUUUUAGUGUGUCUCGCUCAGGGAUGGAAAGAGAGCGGUUGGCAGGGGGAGGUGGCCUUGUAGAAGGCCUCACUGGCCGUGAAGGGACCUUAGCUUGUCCUCUGAGCUGGAAGCCCCUGGAGGGUUUUGAGUGGAGGUAGAACAAGAUCAGAUGGAGCUUCUUAACAAGGGAGUCAAGGGUAGAAGCAGGGAGAGAUGACAAGACACUCAGUCUGGAAAUCCUCCCUCUUUGGCCCCGGGGAGGUUCAGAGAGGCUCACCACCUUCCACGUUGGAGAGCAGAGCCUGGACUCCAGAGUGGAAGUGACAGGGCCUUUCAUCCAGAAGGAGAACGCUGCCUCAGGGGGUGGUGACCACCCCACUGUGUGAGAUGCACAAGCAGAGGUUAUCCGACCAGGGAUUGAACCCGCACCCUCUGCAGUGAAAGCGCCAAGUCCUAACCACCAGACACCCAGGGAAUUCCCUUUCAUUGUUUCAUUUGACAAAUAUUUCCUGAGGGUCUACUGUGGAGUCUGUUCACCGCUGCACCCCUCUCCUCGUGGAGCUGACAUUCAAGCCAGGCGAGUCUGAAUCCUCUCACAUCCUCAGAAACCUCUGGAGAUGUUUGUGGAGGCGUUUACAGGCUAGAAACAGGAGGCUUUGACUUCUGGGGGCUUUGACUUUCCCUCAUUCAUGUAGAAUAAUAUGAUAACAUGAAUAACUGCAGUGUUAUCGAGUGUUUACCACGUGCCAAGCACGAUUCUAAGGGCUUUAUGUGUAUUUACUCACUCACUCAAUCCUCACCACACCUACCUCUACAGGCCUGCCAUGAAGACUGAAGAGUAAAUAUACAUAAAACUCUUACAACAGUGCCUGGCAUAUAACACUAUGGAAGAGUUAUCAAAAUGAUGACUACUGCCCCCACUUUACAGACGAAGAAUUGGGGGCAUAGAGAAGUUAACUAGCCCAAGCUUGCAUGGUUAAUGAGGUGCCCACCCAGACUGUCUUACUUUGGGGUUUCUGGUUUUAGCCACU